ACCGGUUUCAUUGUUUAGUCGGCACUGAGAAAUAAACACGUCGCCGGGAUCCUAAUCGUAAUGCGUGUAGCGAUCCUUCUGUUGUUCGUGGCGACCGCCGCAUCGGCGGUGGACUUGGAUUGGUGGAAAACUGCUUUAAUCUACCAAAUUUAUCCGCGUUCCUUUAAAGACAGCGAUGGUGACGGCAUUGGUGAUCUCAAUGGCAUAACUCAGAAACUUCCGUAUCUAAAAGAAACUGGCUUUGACGCAAUAUGGCUAUCCCCAAUCUACCUGUCUCCGAUGUACGACUUCGGUUACGAUAUCACAGACUACCGUCAAAUCGCCCCCGAAUACGGAACUAUGGAAGACUUCAAAAGGCUCAUGAGUGUGGCCAAGAGUAUGGGUAUUCGCGUUGUGCUGGAUUACGUGCCUAACCAUACGAGCAACGAGAGCGAUUGGUUCGUUCGUUCAGCGCGCAGAGAGCCCGGCUACGAGGAUUACUACAUGUGGACCGACGGUGUCACAGACCCUGAAACUGGCGACGUCAAACCUCCUAACAACUGGGUGAGCAAUUUCCGUAAGAGUGCUUGGGAAUUCAACAAAGUACGUGGACAGUACUACUUGCAUCAAUUUGUCAUCGGUCAGCCGGAUCUCAACUACCGUAGCGACAGAGUUCAAGAGGAAAUGAAGAACGUUCUACGUUUCUGGCUGGAUCUAGGUGUUUCUGGAUUCCGUGUGGACGCCGUCAACAGAUUAUACGAAGCUGACCCGAAAAAUUACGGAGGACGCUAUCCUGACGAACCUGUAUCAGGAAUCCCUGGUACUGUCCCCGACGACUACGAAUACCUCGAUCACAUCUACACCCAGGACAUGGACGAAACGUACGAAGUUGUUUACAACUGGAGAGAUCUUCUUGACGAAUACAUUCCAAAACAGGGCGAAUACAAGAUCAUGAUGACAGAGGCCUACAGCACCUUGAACAAUAUGAUCCGGUACUACGGCACGAAGACCAGAAAUGGAUCCAUUCCCUUCAACUUCAGUUUCCUCGGAGAUAUCACCAAAUCUUCUAACGCUUGGGAAAUCAAAACUGUCAUCGACAAAUGGAUGACCUACAUGCCUAGCGGAAAGACAGCAAACUGGGUUAAUGGUAACCACGAUCAAAGCCGAAUGGGUACUCGUCAAGGAGUCGACCGCGUUGACGCAAUGAACAUGUUAGCUCUUCUCUUGCCUGGAGUCGCCAUCACCUACCAGGGUGAAGAGAUCGGAAUGACCGACGGCGAGAUCAGCUGGGAAGAUACAAGAGAUCCCCAGGCCUGCAACACCGACGACCCUAUCAACUACUACAAGAAGUCCCGCGACCCGUGCCGCACACCCUACCACUGGGACAACUCUACCAAUGCCGGCUUUUCCAGUAACAUCGGCAAACCUUGGCUUCCAGUCGCCGAGAAUUACAGGAGUGUGAACUUGGCAGAACAAAUUAACGACCCCAAGAGCCAUUACCAAUUCUACAAAGACGUCGCAAGUGUGAGGAAGAGCCCGACGGUCAAAGACGGAGACUUGGACACCAGAGCUUUGUCGGAAUCUAUUCUAGUUAUCACCAGGUUACUCCCCGGCUCUCCCGGAGUGCUGGGUGUAGUGAACCUCUCCGAUGAAGCGCAGGACCUCGACCUCUCCUCACUGCACUUGUUACCUGCUCAACUGAGAGUCGUCGCUUCUGGCGUCGAUUGUUCCGUUGAGAAAGGAGCUGCCGUGUCGAAGAGUAACGUGCACGUAUCUGCACACUGCGCUCUACUUUUACAAACUGUCGACAACUGCUGUUAAUUGACCCCUGACAUACUCCUUGAUGAAAUAUUGUAUAUAAAAUAUACAAAUUAAAACGAUGAAUUUA